ACGAUGAGGUCCACGACGACGCUGGUGCUGCUGACGACGCUGGUCGCUGCCAGCUGGGCUGCCAACUCGUACACCAACAAGUUCGACAGCAUCGACGUCGACCGCAUCCUCAGCAACGACCGCAUACUCACACAGUACAUCAAGUGUUUGCUGGAGGAGGGCUCGUGCACCAACGAGGGCCGAGAGUUGAAGAAGACUCUCCCAGAUGCGUUGAGGACGGGCUGCAGCAAGUGUACGGAGAAACAAAAGAUAGCCACAGACAAAGUCAUCAAGCACGUCCGCAAGCACAAGUCCAGGGACUGGGAGAGAUUGGUCAACAAGUACGAUCCUAAGGGAGAGUUCAGGAGCAAGUACGAGAGUCGGCUUGACAACCCUUGAAAGUACAAAGUACCCCAAACUCCACGUGAUAACUAUGUGAUUCCAUCGAAAAUUUCCAUGACGGAUUCAUUUUUUACAAAACACAUUUAGGUUACAAAACUGAACUGUUAGCUUUUAAUUUUGUUUGUUUAGAAAACUGAUACUGUGUUGAAAACUGCAAUAAAGACUUGCACAGUA